GGCCUGCUGCAUGUGUAUGUCUUCUACAGACCAGUUAAGAUGAGUAAAUUAUCAUACAUCACAUGCAUUAUACUUAACCUGUGUGCAUUUGCUGUGGGCGUUUCAUUUCAUAUAUCUCAAACAGAGUCAGCAGUGAGAGUUAAGCCUGGACACUCUACAAUUCUUCAGUGCCUCACACCAGACGAUGGGCACUUUAAAGUCUUCUGGUCAAAAUUUCAAAACAGCUCUCCUCCAGCCUUUGUGGCUUUGGCCGAAUCAUACAAAACUGACAUAAUGAUUGGAGAAAAUUUUCAGAAUCCUUCAAAGUAUAGAUUAACAUGGAAUCAGCUCAGCUUAAAUCUCUCAGUACUGAACAUCGAGCAAACUGACAUCGCUCUGUACUACUGUGGGAUGAUUAUUUUUAAUAGGAUGUUUUUUGGAAAUGGAACAAGACUGAUGUUUGAAGGGCAUUUUAAUGAAACAGUUCUAGUUAAAGAAAAAGAAGACAAUUGGAGGGAACAGUUAUUUGUCUUUGUUCUGCCCACACUGGUGCCAAUCACUGUGGUGUCAAUGCUUCUGAACAUCAUCCUGUAUCUACAAAAAACAGAUACGUCAAAGAGCCAAGGUCAUAAACUAGGUAAAAUACAAAUGUUUGUUUUAAAAGAUGUGGAGACUAAGGUUGUAUACACAGCUGUAAAAGAUUAUUGAUUUUGUACUGAAUAUUUGAUAGCUGUCAUAAUAUUGUUUUUUUUGUUUGUUUGUUUUUUUUGUUUUUUAGAAUUCUAUCCUUUACUCUGAUUUAAGUGUGUUCUAUUUUUUCUUUCCUUUUUUUUAUUUUAUUAGAUCACAUAUAAUAUCAGAUUUUGAAUGUCAGUUCUUUGUAAGAUUACAAAAGUCUGAAAUUUGUAAUGUUCCAAGUUAUAUGUAUUCACAUUUUUGUUAACCUGUAUAUUGUUGUGCACUGAUAGGGAAGUGUGCUAACUGUUAUAAACUUUUUUUUUACAUGGACUCUAAAUAUCAAUACACAAAAAAUGACUUUUGCUGGCUGGACAAA